AUGGAGAGCCGGGUUCCCUCCGCCCUCACACUGCCCCAGGUGCUGGGGCCGGAGGCGGCCUCGGGGCGCCGGGCCGGGCCUGGCCGCCGGCACCUGCUGCGGAGCACGGCCGCGGUGCAGGCCCUGGCGGCCGUGGUCCGGCCGUGCUGGCCACUCGGCCGGCAGAAGUUCCUGGUGGCAGACAACGGAGACGCGGUGUGCACGGGCCAGGCGACCGCCAUCCUCAAGGCCCUGCGGCUGGAGCACCCCGCGGCCCAGCUGGUGCGGGAGGCCGCGCACGCGCAGGCGGAGGAGAGCGGGGACGGCACGGCCUUCGUGGUGCUCCUGACCGAGGCGCUGCUGGAGCAGGCCGAGAACCUGCUGCAGGCCGGGCUGCGGCGCGGCCAGGUCCGCGAGGCCUACGCGGCGGCCGCGGCCGAGGUGGCGACGGCGCUGCCCUUGCUGGCCAUCCGCUCGCUGGGGCCUCUGGAGGACCCGGUGUGGGCGCUGCUGCCGGUGGUGAACACGCACUCCGUGCCGGACGUGAACCUCCUGGCGAGGCUGGUGGCGCAGGCGUGCUGGGCGUGCCGCCAGCCGGACGGCAGCUUCCGGCCGGAGCGCGUGGGGGUGUGCGCGCUGCGCGGCGGGACCCCGGACGCGUCCUGCGUGCUCCCGGGGCUCGCCCUGCCCGCCGCCUGCUGCGGCCAGAGGAGCUCGGUGCUCGCCGGCGCCCGGGUGGCCCUGUUCGCCUGCGACUUCGCGUCCGCCUCGCCGCGCCUGCCCGCCACCGCGCGCCUCUCCGACCCCGCCGACCUGGCCGGGCUGCGGCGGGGCAGCGACCGCGCGCUGGAGAGGCAGCUGUCGCAGCUGGCCGAGCUGGGCAUCAACGUGGUGGUGGUGUGGGGGGACGUGGACGAGCUGGCCGUGGGCCUGGCCGACCAGCUGGACAUCAUGGUGGUGCAGGCCCGGUCACGGAGGGACCUGGUCCACCUGAGCCAGGUGCUGGACACACCGCUGCUGGGCCAGCUGGUGCCCCCGCGGCAGCCCGGCCGCUGCCAGCGCGUGCAGGCGCGGGAGCUGGGCGACGGGCGCGCCGUGCUGCUCGAGUGGCAGCCAGCCGGCUCGCCCGCGCUCACCUUGGUGCUGCGCGGGGCCUCAGCCGAGGGCCUGCGCGGCGCCGAGCGCGCGGCCUACCGCGCCAUCGACGCCUUCGCCCAGCUGUGCCGCGACCCCCGGCUGCUGCCCGGGGCGGGCGCCGCCGAGAUGGCGCUGGCCACGAUGCUCUGGGCCAAGGGCCACACGCUGGAGGCGCCCGACGGGCCGGCCUUCCUGGCCUUCGCCCGCGCGCUCCGGACGCUGCCCAAGACGCUGGCGGAGAACGCGGGCCUGGCCGCAUCCCAAGUGAUGGCGGAGCUGAGCGGGAUCCACCAGACCGGGAACUUCGGUGGCGUGGGCCCCGAGGGCUUGGUGGACGCGGCCCGCGAGGGAGUGUGGGACGUGCUGACCACCAAGGCCCGGGCGCUGCAGAUCGUGGCGGACAUGGUGAUGCAGCUGGUGAUGGUAGACGAGAUCGUCCUGGCCCAAGAGCG